CUCGGCACAGCGGAAGCCCCAGAGUCUCGUUGGUUGCUGGGAUCGGGGGCGUGUCCUAAGUAGGGGUGUGUCCUGGGCGGGGAGCGGAAGGCGGGACGAAGGCGAGUGGAGCGCUCUCUUGCCGGACGUUGCGCUGCCGCGACGGCCGACGCCAGCAGCGCCGAGGCGCUCUAGGCUCCGCGCUACUAGUGGUAUCUGGCACGAACCACGAGGCUCCAGUCUGUCCAUCGCAGGUCGAGGUCGCCCCGCUUGCACCGCCGACUAUACCCCUCUUGGAUGUGGGAGCGGCGGACCGUAGCGAUGUUUUUUCUCAACGGUGCCCCAGGCGUUGGGCUUCGAUGCCGCGGGCGGACGAUUCUUAGACUCUGCAAGUAAAGAUAACCUGGUGUUCCCAGUAUAUCAUGGCUUCAUCUUCAAGCGGCCUCUCUACUGGGAGAAGUACCAGCUCAAAGCUGAAGUCUGUGAAGUUACUUGAGGUUCUGAAUGCUCUGGAAGAGGAGGAAUCUGGCCACAGUAGGGAGGAGAUCUUCAUUGCACCACCCAAAAAUGCUGCAGGGGACUUCACUGAUGAAGACUCAGGUGAUGAAGAUGGCCAGCGAGGAACGCAUGUGCCCGGUAAUGUGCUGCAUGCUUUUGUGGUCCCUGAGGACUCUGGCACCGGGGAGGAGGAGGAGGAUGACCUGCAGCUGCACCCAGCCAGGAAGAAGCAGAAGGCAGUAGUGGAACCUCAACGUGUUUGGACCAAAAGAGAUAUCCGCCCAGACUUCAGUAGUUGGACAGCAACAGAUCCUCAUAUGGAAGAUCUCAAAAGCCAGGAACUGAGUCCUGUAGGUCUCUUUGAACUGUUUUUUGAUGAAGGAACGAUUAAUUUUAUUGUUAAUGAAACCAAUCGUUAUGCUAGGCAGAAAAAUGUCAACCUGGGUCUCACAGCCCAGGAACUGAAGUGUGUCUUGGGCAUUUUGAUUUUAAGUGGGUAUAUCUCUUAUCCAAGGAGAAGGAUGUUUUGGGAAACAUCUCCUGACUCACAUCACCAUCUUGUGGCUGAUGCAAUUCGAAGGGACAGAUUUGAACUGAUCUUCUCAUACCUGCAUUUUGCAGAUAACAAUGAGCUUGAUGAAAGUGAUAGGUUUGCCAAGGUCAGGCCUCUCAUCGUACGCAUGAACUACAAUUUCCGGAAACAUGCACCCUUGGAAGAGUUCUACAGCUUUGGCGAAUCCAUGUGUGAAUACUUUGGAUACCGGGGGUCUAAGCAGCUGCCUGCGGGGAAGCCUGUGCGGCUGGGCUACAAGAUCUGGUGUGGGACAACCAGCAGGGGCUAUCUGGUGUGGUUCGAGCCCUCCCAGGGCACACUGUUCACUAAGCCAGACAGGGGCCUGGACCUGGGAGGCAGUAUGGUGGUGAAAUUUGUGGACGCACUUCAGACACGUGGCUGUCUGCCAUACCACAUAUUUUUUGACAAGGUUUUUACAAGUGUCAAAUUGAUGUCCAUUUUAAGGAAGAAAGGAGUGAAGGCUACAGGAACUGUUCGUGAGUACAGAACUGAGCGUUGUCCCCUUAAAGAUCCCAAAGAACUGAAGAAAAUGAAGAGGGGUUCAUUUGAUUACAAAGUUGAUGAGAGUGAGGAGAUCAUUGUGUGCCGCUGGCACGAUAGCAGUGUGGUCAACAUCUGCUCCAAUGCUGUGGGCAUAGAGCCGGUGGGGCUGACAAGCCAUCACUCAGGAGCAGCCAAGAUGCAGACCCAGGUUCAUCAGCCAUCCCUGCUGAGACUGUACCAGGAGAAGGUGGGAGGUGUCGGCCGUAUGGACCAGAACAUCGCCAAGUACAAGGUGAAGAUCCGGGGUAUGAAGUGGUACUCGAGUUUCAUUGGUUAUGUUAUUGAUGCAGCUCUUAACAAUGCUUGGCAGCUGCAUAGGAUAUGCUGCCAUGAUGCCCAGGUGGAUCUCCUGGCCUUCCGAAGAUAUGUGGCCUGUGUGUACUUAGAGAGCAAUGCAGACACAUCAUCCCAAGGGAGGAGAAGCAGGCGGCUGGAAACUGAGAGCCGCUUCGACAUGAUUGGGCACUGGAUCAUCCACCAGGACAAGAGGACCCGGUGUGCCCUGUGCCACUCACAGACCAACACCCGCUGCGAGAAGUGCCAGAAGGGCGUCCAUGCCAAGUGCUUCAGGGCAUACCACAUCCGGUAAUGCCUCAUGGGCAGAGGGAGCCCUCUGGAUAUUUGGUUUGCAAUGAGAUGUUUACAGCUAAUUACGUAGAGCAUUUGGGGCACUUCUGUGUGGUGUUGCCAAAAAGAGACCUGAGUCCUUGAUUUGGUUUUGUAUUUUUCCCCAUUUUCAUUACAAUUACCUUUUAAUUAUCUUCUAUUAUGCCUACAUGUAAUAUACAUUAAUAUUUACAUUAGUAAUCAUAAAUUUUUAUAAAGAUAUAUUUUAUACAACUAUUUAUUUCAACUUAUGGGCCCUUUUUAUUCAAAUAAAAUUCUUCCUUUGGGUUAUAGCUGUCUGGUAAGGACAAUUGAAUGUUACCAAAACCUUAUAGAAACUUGUGAACAGUAAAAAGAUUUUAUAGUAUAUGCUAUCAGUUAUACUAAUCUGAUAUAGGCAAUAUUGUAUCAAUAUGAUGAAGGAUAUCUUAAUCAUAUUUAUUUCACUUUUAUCUAAUGCUAGCAAACUUUCCAGGGAUAGAUAAUCUGCCAUUAUUUACCCAGCUGACUAGAUUUAUAGAGUUUGUAUUUUCUUGAUAAAAAAUAUUUUCCUAAUACAUGUAUAUCCAUAUGGAAUCCAUUUUUAUAAAUAGUGUGAAGGAGGGAAUUUUUUCACCCAAAAGGAUGGUCAGCAUCAUUUAUUAAAGAUUAAAUAUAUUUCCCCAAUGAUUUAAAUUCUUCCUUUAAAAAUUCCUGAACUUUGGGGGAAAGUAUUGAAACAAAGAAAAAAGUUUAUGUUGGAAAGCCUAGUGGAAUAUAAUCCAGAAGAAUAUAAGAAAUACAUAUAAAAAUUUGGACUUAAUAAAAAACCUAAGAGAG